CUGGUAUUUACCGAGGAAGGAAGUUGCUGCGGCUGCAUCCGUAUAUUAUCUUCGUUUCUACGGGCGCAAAGAUUUUAAUGCAUCGUUUGGUUGAGAAGCGCAUUUGCGCAGUUCCUCUGCAAAAGAAUAUUUAAGAGUACACACAACACCGGGAGGCUCUGAUGUUCGUAGCACCAGGACAGUCGCCUUGCUUUCUGAAGACAGGCCUGUGAAGAAAUACCCGGACCGAAGUUUCAUCUGAAGCGAGAAGAGUUCCUUACAACCAUGGCGACCAGGAUUGGCUGUGGAAGGAAUCCUGGUGUGAUGUUGUGGAUGAUAAUGAUGACAUUGACACAAGUGAACCUGUGUCAGGCAAAAGCCAUGUUGGAGGACCACGGCUACAAGGGAAUAACUGUGGUCAUCAACCGUGACGUCCCAGAGGACAAAGUUCUCCUCACAAAACUGGAGGAGAGUCUGACUGAAGCAUCUAAAGUGCUCUUACAAACCACACGAGGACAAGUGUAUUUCGAAGAGUUCAUUAUCGUCCUCCCAGAGACUUGGACAAAGAACCCACAGUACGGCAUCGCUAAUAACACUGGAGACAGCACCGAGCAGAUUCUUAUCAGCAGCACCAAGAGUGAAUAUGGCGACGCCCCGUACGUCAAGCAGCCCAGGGGAUGCGGCCAGCCAGGCCUCUUCAUGCACCUCACCCCAUCCUACAUCACAGAUGACUCCAUCAGCGCCAAGUGGGGACCAAGGGGGAAAACCAUUGUGCAUGAGUGGGCACAUCUUCGCUGGGGCAUCUUUGACGAAUAUAUGACAGAGAAAAGAUCCAAGAACCAACAAGAGAAAAAAAGCAAAGCAAAGUGCCCUCGGAAUGUUAAGUUUACCAAGGAGGUGGUCAACUUAGGUAAAGGUGUCAUCAAAACCAAGGUCUUCCCUAGAAACUCUUCCAGCAUACUUUCCAUCAUGUUCACGCAUUACGCGGAAAAGGUGGAGUUUUGUGACAAAUCGACAAAAGAAGGUAACGUUCUUCACAACGUUCUGGCAUCAAACCGCCAAAACAUACACUGUAAUAAGAAAAGCGCCUGGGAGGUGAUGAAGGAGCACAGCGACUUCAAGGAAGAGAGGCAUCCUCUGCCAUUUGAAGAGACUCGGCCCAUUCAGUUCAAGUACGUACAGGUUCUGCCCCGGAGGAGAGUUUUCGUCUUGGACAUUUCGGGUAGCAUGACCGUAGAUCACCGACUUACGAGGAUGAGAAGCUCGGUCAGCGAUAUGAUCCUCAAUAUGUUGGAGGUUAACAGUACUGUGGGAAUCGUGGAGUUCAACAACCUUGCAAGUGUGCGGUCGCAAUGUGUUACCAUAGUAACCAAAGCGGACCGAAAGAGCCUGAUCACAAAGUUACCCACAGAUGCUGGGGGAGGUACGAGUAUAGGGGCAGGUCUUCGCUUGGGACUGGAGGUGUUACACAAAGGAAUGAAUACACCUGCAGGAGGAACCCUUGUCGUUGUCUCUGAUGGCGAAGAAAAUACAGCGCCAUAUGUCAGAGAUAUCCUGCCUGAGAUCCAAAGUAAAUCGGUUGUGGUCGACACGAUCAGCUUGACCAAAGAAGCAUCUUCUGUAAUGAGCCUUAUGUCGAGCAGCACUGGGGGACAAUCUUUCUUUGACUCUGCCAACUAUAAUUCAACAGCCCUUAUAGACAGUCUGGCGGCGAUCGUAACUUCCGGUGGACUGACUCACGAUCCCAGAGUUCCCCUGUUGCUGCACACCGAAGCCGGAACUGUCUCUAUAAACAGUCCGCUGACAGGAGAGUUCUAUGUUGACAAUACUCUGGGUGAGGACACCACAGUGUCCGUCAGCUUCACAAGCACUGUGAAUGUGAGUCUGACAGGGCCGGGCAACCUCACAAUAUCACGUGACACGCAUCCUGGGCUGUACAUCACAGAGGUGGACAAUAUGAUCAUGAUCCAGCUGUCGGAGGUGAUUAAGAACGGCACGUGGUCUUACCGCAUCACAGCUACUCAAGUGGACUCCCAUGUUGUUGUCACCGUACAGUCAAGGGCAAGCAAAGACGGAAGUGAUGUCAUUCAGGUUCUGUCAUGGCUACCGGAAGAACAUAAUCUAGAUUUUGCCCCUGACCAGAAGCUGGCCAUUUACGCGGAGGUCACCCGUGGCCGGUCCUCGGUGCUGAACUCACAGGUCGUCGCCAUCAUUGAGAGGCCGCAGUCUGGACCUCUGCGGAUCGACCUUAGGGACAACGGCGUUGGCUCGGACAUCACUGAGGAUGACGGCAUCUACUCUGCCUACAUUCUGGCUAAAGACCUCUCCGGAGAUGGACGCUAUGGCAUAAAAGUUAAGGUCGAAGGGGUGGAUGGGCUCACAAGUGUGGUGGUCGGUGGACGAGGAGGCUCGAGUGGAGCUUUGGAGGUCGACACUGAUGAAAGUAUCGAGGAGCUGGUCACCGAAGAACUCGGGAGAUUCGAACGCGUGAGGUCAGCUGGGUUGUUUGCUGUGAGUGGCUUCCCCUCCGACAUGACGUCAAUACCAGACGCAAUACCGCCGUCACGCAUCACUGACUUGACGGUUAGUAACGACGAUACUAAAGACGGGGCGGCAGAGCUGGAGUGGACUUCCGUUGGCGGUGACAUGGACAUUGGCACAGCUGCGAAGUACACCUUUUACUUCAUCACAGACCUUGACCUCGUAGACUCUGCAGGGUUCAACGACUCGAUGUGGUCAGAGGUCAACCAAACGUAUCUGAGAGACUUGAGGUCGCCACAACCUGCCGGCAGCCGAGAACGAGUCAACAUCUCCCUGGACCUGCUGGGCGACAACGACACCUUAGUCCUGUGCGUGCGUGCAACGGAUGACGUGGGCAACGCCGGAGAGCUGUCCAACAUCGUUUCGGUCACGAGGGUGCGAGACCCGGAUGUGGUCACGAAGGUGGAAGAUGCGGAAAGCAACACGAAGUUCUAUAUUUUGGUGACUGUCCCUCUGGUUCUUGCUGUCGCCUUGCUCGCCGCUCUAAUUACGGGCCUCGUUCUUGUCGGGUGGCGGUCAGGGAAGCUGAAAUGAACGAAGACGAGGCAGCUGGAGGUAGUAACCAGCUCCGUAUGGAGUACGUUACUGUCACAGAGAUCACUGAAAGGUCCAGGCCUUAUGCACGAGCCUCUUAUGGUCUUUUUAUUGCCUAUGUCAGUGGCGUAGGAAGAUGCUCGGCUGUUGUUGGGGGGAUAGGGAGGGUCAAAAUCCAUUCUGACGGUGAACGGCGUUGCCAUUGUUGUCCCAGGAUCUUUUUGCUCACCUGCCUCCUACGCCACGGUAUUUACACUCAAUGUUACAUAAAAUGUAUUUAAAAAUAUGUAUUCUAAAA